AUGGACGAGUGGGGGAAGGACGAGAUGCUCGUGCAUCUCGAGGCGUCCGGCAUCGUGCCUGCGGCCGUGCGCGACCACAGCGCCGUGGCCACGGUGGACGCUCAGAUCGAGGCGUGCGGCGGCCUCCCGGGCGUUCCCAUCAAGAACUUGCUGCUCAAGGCCAAGGGCAAACUUAUCGUCGUCACGGCGCUGAAAUCCACCGCUGUCGACCUCAAGGCGCUCGGGAGACGCCUCAAUGGCUCACUGCGACUGGCGUCGGCCGACCUCCUGGCCGAGAUUUUCAAGGUUCCACAAGGGGGUCUCUCUCCGCUGGCCUUCUGCCGCGCCGCCGCCCGCGAGCGCUGCUCCCUGCUCCUCGACGACCGCCUCCGCGACGCCCCCGCGCUCUGGGUGCACCCGUGCACCAACGACGCCACCGUCGUGCUCUCCGGCGCGCAACUGACGUCCGUGCUCGACCAGCUCCAGGUCCGCGUGCACUUCGCCGACCUCGAGGCCGCGGGCACGCCGGGCGACCUCGAAGCCGCCCUCACGGCGCCGGCCGUGAAGUUCCAGGAGCGCAUGCCGUCGGAGAAAUUCGUGGCGCCGCCCAAGCACUCGGGGGCGCCGCGGGCGAUGUCGACAGAGGGCGAGGGGCUGCCGCGGUGCGUCUGCGGGCUGUGCAGCGCGGGGGGCGCGGCGGCGCGAUGA